GCUUCUUUCUGGUUGGCCCUGGCAACGUGCAGUAAACAAACGGACGCAGCGCACAAGGGAGGGCAAAAAGGCGACGAGGCGACCCGGAGUGAGCGCCACUGCAGACGCACGCCAUGGUUAAGCAGACCAUCCAGAUAUUCGCUCGGGUUAAACCUACCAAGAAGCCCUUGGGGGUUUACUCCGCAGACAAUGAAGAGCCUGGCAGCUCCAGCUUGGAGUUCCUCGUCCCUCGAGAUUUGGCUGAUGGCUUCAUCAACAACAAAAGAGAGAGCUACAGGUUCAGGUUUCAGAAGGUCUUUGAUCAGGCGGCCAAACAAGAGGACAUCUUUGAGGAGAUCGCCAGGCCGGUGGCUGACAGUGUCUUGUCUGGCUACAAUGGCACCAUCUUCGCCUACGGGCAGACUGGCAGUGGCAAGACCUUCACCAUCACCGGAGGGGCCGAGCGCUACGGUGACCGGGGCAUCAUCCCGCGCACACUCUCCUACCUCUUCCAGCAGUUUGACAAGGAUACAAGUAAAGUGUACAGUGCCCGCAUCUCCUACUUGGAGAUCUACAACGAGAACGGCUACGACCUCCUGGACCCCCGGCAUGAGGCCGCCAAGCUGGAGGAUUUGCCGAAAGUCACCAUAAUGGAAGACACAGAACAGAACAUCCACUUGAAGAACCUGUCGUCCCUGCAGGCGGCCAACGAGGAGGACGCCCUCAACCUGCUCUUCUUGGGAGACACCAACCGCAUGAUAGCUGAGACCCCAAUGAAUCAGGCCUCCACCCGUUCCCACUGCAUCUUCACAGUCCACAUCUCCAGUCGGGAGCCCGGCUCGGCCACUGUGCGCCGCUCCAAGCUGCACCUGGUUGACCUGGCUGGCUCUGAACGUGUGGCCAAAACUGGCGUCGGUGGUCACCUGCUGACUGAGGCCAAGUACAUCAACUUGUCCCUGCACUACCUGGAACAGGUGAUCAUCGCUCUGUCAGAGAAGAAUCGCUCGCACAUUCCCUACCGGAACUCCAUGAUGACCUCGGUGCUCCGAGACAGCCUGGGAGGAAACUGCAUGACCUCGAUGAUCGCCACCGUCUCUGCGGACAAGAAGAAUAUCGAUGAGUCGAUCUCGACCUGCCGCUUUGCACAGAGGGUGGCCCUCAUCAAGAACGAGGCGGUCCUCAACGAGGAGCUGGACCCCGCACUGAUGAUCGCGCGCCUCAAGAGAGAAGUCCAAGAGCUGAAGGACGAGCUGGCCCUGGUGACGGGGGAGCAGCGGACGGAGCAGCUCACCGAGGAGGAACUCCAAAAAUUGGAAGAGCAGAUUAAAACAUUUCUGGAAGAUGGAGACCCUGAAGCAUCUCUGAAGGUCGGGGUGGACAUGCGCAAGAUUCACCACUGUUUCCAGAGACUCAAGGUAUAUGCCAAAGAAAAAACGGUGCCUUCUGCUGUCGGAGACCACGGAGAUUCGCACGCCGCUCCCCAAGAUGAGCUGCCGCCCGACGAAGUGAAGCUCAGUAGGCUGGUGAAGCUGGAGGAGCUCCUGCAGCAGAGAGAUAAUGAAAUCAGUAUCCUGGUGAAUAUGCUGAAGAAGGAGAAGAAAAGAGCCCAGGAUGCCAUUAACCAGGUGUCCGCGGGUUCCAAGGAAGUUUCUGCCACAAAAAACCCCACACCUCCACCUACGGGCAUUCAGACUGGCGAAAGCGUGACCACGGAGAGCAAGCGCCGCCCUCUGCACUUGAAAACAGGUGCAGCUCUGUCUCUGGGGCGGCAGGAGGCCUUUGAAAUUUUCGCGAGAGACCACGUGGACAGCAUCACCUUUGAGGACAACAAGGCCAUCCUGAGGCUCAGGAUUGCUGAAGCCAAGUCCUUAGGAGAAAACCUGAAGACGGCGAGAAGUCGGAUCAAUGAGCUGAAGCAGCAGAUGGAGCAGCGGCGCCUGCAGAGGGCAGCACUGGGCAUGACAUCAAAUGACGGUGAGCACUUGGUCGAGAGCGAUCCCAUGGAAGAGGAGCUUCGGGACAAAAUCGAGGAAGAGAAAAAGAGCUACAAAGCGAUUCACGGCCGUCUGAAGAGCCUGAAGACCGAAAUCGAACAUCUGCAGCUCCUGCAGUACAAGGCCAAGGCGAAGCUGCAGAAGGACUUCGAGGGCUGGUGGGCGGACGAGGCGGCCCGCCUGCAGGCUCAAGAGCAGAGGUCGGCGUCGAGUUCAUCAGACAGACUCGCCAGCAGCGUUCCUCUGUCAUCGUCAUCGUCAUCUUUGGAUUCCCUUCACAAGUUCAGAAAUCCAAACCCUGGGCACACGAGGGAGGCGUCCCUGAGGAGCAGUUCAGACAGCCGCGUGGCAUCAGCCUUGUCAGGUGGCAGGCCCCCUGGAGUGCCGGGCUCCGCCAUCCCUCUGACUGGAAACCCCCUGGUGGACGCGGAUAUCGUGGCUUUCGUGAAGGCGAGACAGACCAUCCAUCAGAGGAUAGGCCUUCAGAAUAAAUAAAUUACUUGGGGCGCCUCUACGUCACUCAGCUGCUGCUUGUCACUGCCAGGCUGGCACCGGACUUCAAGGACCAAUCUGUCAUCCCAAAUAGACUGGCACAGAUCCCGACCGCGGGGACAAUGAGAGAAGACUUCGGUGUCCAGCAGGGGGCACCCUGUUGUAUGAAAGCCACCAAUCAUUGAGCAAAUUUGUCACAUCAACUUUUGUAUUUUAUUU